AAACCCCGCCGACGUUUACUUCAGCAUCAGCACCGGGAAUUGAGAAAAAUCUCUCAAGUUCAAGCAAAAUUCCAUUUUCUCUAAGAAAUCAUUACAGAGAAAAUGGCGUUGAGAUAUCGGCGUUUGAGAGAAACCUCAAGGUUAUUCUUGUCCCAGCGAAUUUUCUCAGGUGAUGAUUGUCAGCAAUGUAGACCAGUUACUAAAUUACAGGUCUUAACUAAAAUUCCUCAAUCUCAUGCUGGGGAGAAAAUCAAUACAAGGAUGUUACGUAACGCAUUUCAUCAUCAGCGGUUCUCAACCGCAUCAGAAGUACAAAACGAGUCUACCCCUGAAUCUGAUUUUGUGUCCUUUAUUAAAUCCACUGUAGAUGAACUUGAAGGGCCUAGUCAUUGUUGGUUGACCAAAUUUGGAAGAUACAAAAGUUUCCCUGAAAGAGAUGGAACUUUCUUGGUACUUGCUGGACAGUUUUUGGAAACAACAGGCUGUGAACCCAUCGUUACAUUUGAGAAAGUAAAGUUACUUCAGCAAAGAUUUCCUCAGCUUUAUGUUAUCGGUUUUCAACCUGGCAGUGCAAUUUCUUCGUCUGCAGACAGAAGUGACUUAAUCCAAUUAAUGGUGAAGGAAUACAUUACAUUUCCCAUUUUACUGUCGAGCAAGAACUUUUCUGAGCUGGCAAACGGGAUAUGCUACAUUCUAUUUAAAGAUUUCAAGAGUCCAGUAUUUUUUCAUGAUAAUGGCCUAGAUCUUCAAGUUCUUAACAAAGCUCUUGAGGAGUUAAAUGUGCAACAAAAUGGAAAUUCUAAGCCACCCAAUAACUCGAAAAACACUAGUCUGAAGCAAGCUGAGAUCAUUAGGGAAUCAUAUAUGUCUUCUCUGCAGAACUUCCUUUUUCACUUCCCAGGCUGCGUCUCUGGUGAUGAAGAUGGGAACCGGCUAUUUAUAUCUGAUAGCAAUCAUCAUCGAAUUAUCAUAAUUAAUGGCAGUGGAAAAAUUCUUGAUUGUAUUGGUUCUUCACCAGGUUUCGAGGAUGGAGAAUUUGAAUCUGCAAAAUUUGUGCGUCCAGCAGCUUCAUUUUAUCAUGCUGCUGAGGAUUGCCUAUAUUUUGUUGAUUCUGAGAAUCAUGCCAUCAGAAGAGCUGAUAUGGAGAGGCGUGUCGUGGAGACUCUCUGUCCAGCAUCCAACACUAAUAAGAAGAAUUUUCAAUUCUGGACCUGGAUAAUGGAUAAGCUAGGUUUUGGAAGCAACUAUGAUGCAAAAUCUGUAGCAGUUGAUGUCCAAUCACUAUUGUUUCCUUGGCAUUUGAUAAAGUCAGUUGAUGAUAGUUUAUUAGUCAUAGACCGAAGAUUUGAUACUUUAUGGACUAUAGAUUUGGCUUCAGGAAAAGUAAAAGAAAUUAUCAAAGGUUUUCCAAAGAUUCUGGAGAUAUGUGAACAGCAACUCUUGGAGAAAGUAUCUCUUUUGAAACAGAUACCACAACAUUGGCUGCAACAUCAAGUUGCUGCUAUCUGUUCACCAUCGGAGCUUCCAUAUGUUGGUUUCAUGUCUUCAUUCACAACCUUGCAGAAUGACCUAAUCAUUUGUGACAUGGCUGGACAGAGGAUUUUGAAACUAAGUGGAGAAUCUAGAGACCCUUCCAACUUUCAGUUUUCAAAUUUUGGGAUUCUUGGAUUGCCUUACUGGGUGUCCUCCAGUUUGGAGAAAGUUUACACUGUUAUUGAUGGGCUACAGGGAACACAGAUUGAUCAUUUUCAAUGUUUCAGUUUGUUGCCAGGUAAAGUUGACGUACAAUUAAAUGUAGACAUCCCUGCAGACACUGAACUCGUAGAACAGUUACAAGAAGGUUGUAUAUGGCGCCAAGCAAGAGGCGCUGCUACUGAAAUCUCAGGAGUGGAAGAAGCAGCAGAAUCAUUAGAGAAGGUUGGUGUUUCCCAACAAUGGUAUGAUGAACUGGAUAAUCUAGCAUUUUCAACACCUGAUGUAGAUUUAGCUCUUGAAGACAACAAAACUACAAGUGACGCAAGUUUUCGAGAUGACAGAAUUCGCAUUAGCAGUUCUGUCAAUACAAGUCCUGGAACAAGCGAGGUUAUUGUAAAUGCAGUACUGUAUUUAAAACUUAGAAAAGAAUCAGAUAUACCAGAAGAUGAUCGAGAGAAAUGUGCAGAAAGAAUUGUGGAUAUUUUGAGCCCGCAGAAAAGUGGAAAGAUGGCAAGAGAUUCAUGCAUUCAGUACCUGUUAAAAACAAUGAGGGAUUUGAGAGAUGUGAUUUUCACAAAACCUCUACACGUGAGGAUAAAAUUGGAUUGUCUAGAUCAUCCAAAAGCUGAUAAUCUAAAAGAUAUCAUCUUGACAGAGUCUUCCAUUGAGGUGAAUGUAUCUCUUUAAUUCAUAAUAAUUGCAGAUGCAGAAUUAUCAUUAUUUUGUGAUUUAUAUAUUAUAAUUUCAUUCCUUGUUGUAAUGUUGUAAUUGUCAUGGUGGUUAAAGUUAGAAUAUCAGUAAAGGCUGUUUGGAUUCUCCUAAUCCUAAACAUGAUUAUCAAAUGCAAAGAUUUUUCAAUGUUGUUUU